UUACGCGAAUAUUGUAAACGAAAAAACAAUAAUAAGAGUGAAAUACUUGCAAAAAAUACAUAAAAGUGAGCGCUUGUUGCUCAACUUUUAUGUAUGCAGCCCUGUCUAGUUUCGAAUGGCGUUUAAUUAUGCAAAUUUGGCUGAUAACAUGUGGAGCAUGUCCAAUGGUGUCACAUUAUCAAACCAUCCCAAUUUCAUAAAUCAACUAGCUGCAGCCUUCACCAAUGCCACUGUGGGUAUGUCCACACCUGCGCCAACCGGCAGCAACAGCAACAACAAUGUUGCCCCGACUGCAUCAGUGGCCGCAGCGUCCAAUAAAACAAGUCCAGUGAAGCCAAAGCCACAUAAUAGCAAUGGCAACGGCCAAGGAAGCGUUCCCAUGGAUUUGGAGAAUGACAACGAAGAAGACGAAUUAAAGGUCUUAGGGUCAGCCGUGAAGCCAAGUGAGAAACAAGGCGCUCCUACGUUAGGCUUGCCCGAUGCACAACAGCUCUACUUAAACGGGCUGAUGCACACACCGCCCGGCUAUUUGUACUUUCCUGGCGCGCAAAACGCUGCACCACCAACACCGAAUGCAGCGGCAGCAGCAACAUCAAAUGCGUCAAGCAACAACGCUCAAUUACUAAUGGAUCCCACAGCCAUGAUGGCAGCAGCUGUGCAACAAAUGCAACACAAUUAUGCAGCAGCAGGUUUUGCGGCGGCGGCAGCAGCAGCUGGGAUGCCCAAUGAGGCAACAGCAACAAGCGUAGAGGCAGCGCUGUCAGCAGCAGAUGGCGCCGGCUCUAUUGGAGGAUUGAAGGAGGUUAUCAAAACCAAAAACUGUAUAUUGUUUCCACCAAAUCCGAAUGCACCACCGCCCACUAUACGCGAGCGUCCGCCUGGCUGUCGCACUGUCUUUGUGGGGGGUCUUCCGGAGAAUAUAACAGAGGAGGUUAUACGUGAAAUUUUCGAAUCUUGUGGAGACAUUACCACACUGCGCAUGUCCAAGAAGAACUUUUGUCACAUACGCUAUCGCCAUGAAUCCGCCAUCGAUCGUGCCAUCUACCUAUCUGGCUAUCGCCUCCGCAUCUCCAAUCUCAACGAGCCCCCCAACUUUGGCAGACUACACGUGGACUAUGCCCAAGCACGCGAUGAUCAGUACGACUUCGAGUGUAAGCAGCGUCAAUUGCAGCGGGAGCAACGACAUCGUGAACGCGUGUCGCUGGAUCGGAUGCGUUCACAAUCACCGCCACCCAUAGCGCACUACUCGGAGCUUGAGGCCGCCGCUGCGGCGGAGCAUCUGCGCAACAAUGAGACUUUUGUCAAGGCCGUACAAACCAUUACUACUUGGCUGGAGCGUGGUGAUUGCACCAAGCGUAAUGCAAACGUCUUCUACUCCAUGAUCCAGAGCACCCACGCACAUGUACGUCGUCUGCAUGCGGACAAACAGCAGCUGGAGGAGGAUUUGCGCAAGGCGCGCGAAUGCUAUCGCAAACAAAUGGGCACCAUGUCCACACAGUUCACUCAGAUUGAAAAAGUGUUCAAUGCCGCUAGUCACAAGAAGGUUUGGGACCAUUUCACCAAAGCCCAAAGAAAAAACAUCGAUCAAUGGAAAAAAUUAGCCACGGAACUGCGCACCGUGCAUAUCGACGAUGAUGAAAUGGAGAUCUCAGAUGAUGAGCGCGAAUAUGAAAGACGCAGCAAACGCACACGCUACGACAGCGAUGGCAAGUUGGAUGAGAACGACUCGCUGCGCUGUCAACUGGAGGCCAUGCGCAAUGAGAUGUCUGUGGAGCGCAGCGACUGCGUGCAACGUGAGAAGCAAAUCAAGGUGCUGCAAGAAACUAUACGCAAUAUGCAGACACAACUGUUGCAGACCAAGUUGCGUGAACAGAAGGACGUCAAGACCAUUGAGAUAUUGGAGCGCAAUCUCAAGGAUGCGGCCGUCAAGCAGCUGCUGCUCAAGACCAAAAUCAAGGAAACCGCAGAUAAACUAAAAGACAAAGAAGCUGGCAGCCAUAGCAACUCAAGUGUUGAGUACAGCAGCGGCGACUCUAACAGUCGAAGUACAGACGAUUUAAGAGUCGGUGCAAUCGGAAAGGAUUCAAUUGCUGCGGAACCAGAAAUUAUAGAUAUUGAUAAGGUAGACGAUGAUGUGCGCAUUAUUGAGCAUCAAAGCGGCGUUGUGGAAAUACAUGAGAUCGAGGACGAUGAGAAGGUGGAAGUUGCAGAGCAACCAACCCCAGUCUUGCCACAAUCAGCUGUUUCCGAAAUUACAGCAGCUGACAAAACAGCUGAUGAAAUUCCACAAACUGAGAGCCCAUUUAAGUCGCUGGCGCUUAACGAAGCCAAGAUUAUUGCUUUAACCUCAGCUUAUCUGGUGCUGCAUCCACAUGGCGUUGACAUUGCUAGCAUUACCACUUAUCUGCGUGCCACGCUGUGCAAGUCUUUCGAGCUAAAGAGUAACGAUGAGCUCGCUACUAUACUCACCAAAUACACAAAUCUCUUCAAGUCUGAUCAGUCCAAAUGGAGUUUCUGUGGCUUUAACGAUGAACCUCUGGAUGCCAAUGCAAUUAAGACAUGCUAAAUCCAAAUCGAAAUCCAACUUCAACAAACAGAUUAACAAUUGAAUGCUUUAAUUAAGUUAAUUAAGGAGCGCCAAGUAACAAAAGAGUUAACCAAAAAAAAAGAGAGGAAAAACGCAAUUCAUGUGUUUGAUGCAAUCACAUAAUCAAAUGAGACCAGUUUUUUAUUUUUUAUGCCGCCUAAAACUUGUAGUUAACUUUAGCAACACACUCAGCUAACAAUAAUAAGAAUGAACUACCGUUUCAAUUAUUUGAACAAUUACAUAUACAUAGAUGUAAGCAAAUAAAUUAUAUAUACACCACUUAAUAUAUAUACAUAUAUAUGGUAUAACUAUACGAUGUGCAUAGCUAGUGCAUAUUAUGGAAAGACACCAAACAAAUGUUGCAAACAAAUUGCUUUUAAAUGAAAUCAUAACGAACCAAUAAAUUUUAUGCUAAA